AUGGAAAAUAAUCCCUUGCCUCCUCAUGGAACAUCUGCUGUGAACAUGGUAUAUGGAUGUCCUGGAAAAAUUUGUUCUGUUAAUUCUCGAGGAUGUUCUGUCUUAAGGAGAGAUCUGCAAGAGAUGUUGGAUCAAGGGCUCAUAGAAAUUCUUAGAGACAGAGAUGAAGAUGAUGUUAAUAUGAUCGAUCCGUGCUUUGAAAUUCCAGAAAGUGCAGAGAUUGAGUAUUAUGGAAAAGUUGUUGUGGAGCCACUUGUCAUAUGUUUGCCUAGAGUUGUAUCCUAUAGUUCUGACAAAGCUGUGUCGUACCGAUAUAACGCCACUAUGCUCGAAGAUGGAAAGGAAGUAGAGAUUAAGCCCCUAUCUUCUGUUGUGAAUAUAGCAGAUGUUAGUAAAGUGACUAGAAGUGGGAUAGUCUUCACUCAACUCCAAGCAGUUGUGAAUGUCCAGAAGAAUCUCACUCAGAUGCCUGUGACUACUGGUAAUACGACAAAAGUGAAUAAUGGGUCGUCUUCAAGAAAAGAGAUGGAUGAGAUUUUAAAACUUAUCAAGAUGAGUUAUUACAAGAUUAUGGAUCAAUUGCAUCGUACUCCCUACAAAAUUUCCAUAAUGGAAUUGUUGACGUGCUCUCCUGCUCAUAGGGAUUCUUUGAUGAAAAUAAUCGAUCAGGCUUUUGUGGACCAUGACGUAACCUUGGAUCAGUUUAAUGGGGUUGUGGGAAUAUUACAUUAUAAAGUGGAUUCGCUGUCGAAUGUGUUGAUCGAUACUGGUUCGUCGCUGAAUGUUAUGCCGAAAUCUAUUCUUGCUAAGCUAUCUUAUGGAGGCACACCAAUGAGAUAUAUCAAUGUGAUAAUGAAGGCUUUUGAUGGAUCAAAGAAGUCUGUGGUUGGAGAAGUUGAUUUGCCCAUUUGUAUUGGUCAGUUCGUUUUUCAGGUCACUUUUCAGGUGAUGGACAUCUUUCCUGCGUAUAGUUGUUUGUUGAGACGCCCAUGGAUCCACGAGGCUGGGGAAGUUACUUCCACUCUCCACCAAAAGUUUAAAUUUGUGAAGAAUGGAAAGUUGGUUGUUGUGGAUGGAGAGCAAGCUCUGCUGAUUAGCCAUCUCUCUUCGUUCCGUACUAUAGAAGCUGAUGAAACAGUCAUUGGAACUGCGUUCUAA